CCCAGGCUAUUCGACCCCGUCUAUGCCUCGGCUAUUGUCUGGGGUGUCUUGUGACACUCUGUAUGUUAUUCUCUUGGCGGUUUAUUAAAUCAUUUCAGCAUCAUACCCUUGCAAAAAUUCCAGCAUGUAUUUUCGUGCAGUGCUCUGUUAGCCAAGCGUUUGCCUUGUUUUCCAAGAAUAUGCAAUUUUCUUCUGACUCUUCAGAUUUACCAUUUGACCUUUUAAAAGGGUAAGCUUGCUUAAGGUCCGGUGCACGCGUGCAGGAAACGUCCACGUCACAAGUUGGAUCAACUAAGGCUGGAUCACAAACCUGGAUCUCUUCUCUGAUCCCUCAGGAUCAACCGCCAAGUGUUCCUUAGCAUCCUCUGGAUUCUUCUUAAAGAUAGGACUGUAGAUCCUUGAAGACAUCAUGUUACAAACAGCGACAGCUGCCAGUCAUUACCACAUGCGAUCCGGUGGAUCACGCGGGAUCUACGCGCCUCCGCCGAGCCGACAGGAUCGUUCAGAAGAACGGGCAAGCUUACUUGAUGGCAGUGAUGAUGACGAAGAAGACUUUUUCAUAGCUGGAGGUGGGAAGCGCUACAGCAAGGACACCAAAAUCAAGAGAGUUCAAGGUCAGGUGGAUGAGGUCAUAGAGGUCAUGCAGGACAACGUUGCCAAGGUGAUAGACAGGGGAGAGAACCUGGAGCUGCUACAGGACAAGUCAGAAGAGCUUUCUGACCACAGUAUCAAGUUUCUAAACACCUCCAAAAGACUUAAGUCUACAAUGCGAUGGCACAACUGCAAGAUGUAUGCCUUAUUGUUCACUGUACUCCUGGUCAUCAUCCUCGUCAUUGUGUUGCCCAUCAUCAUACAGAAGUACAGGAAGCCGUAGUGAUCCUUGGUCUGGAACAUUGUCCCACAUGAACUCAAGUGCAUUAAAAACCUGUAAAUAACAAUUAGAAAAAGGAACAGUCAGCCAACAUUUUUACAGGCAUUUUUUUGUCUUUUGUUAUCUUAUACAAAAGCAAGCAUGGGUUGCAUACAUGUAAGCAUGUUUUUAAGUGUUACUAUUUAAUAGUCGGGACUAGAGGUGGGUACUGGGACAGA